AUGACACCAUCCCCCGACACCUCAUCGCGGAUCCCGAGCCCCCAAAUCAUCGACCACGACCGUAUCCGGACUCUCGCGAGCGGUAACCCAUCUCCUCGGUCCAGUGACGACGCAACCCCUACUACCUCGGAUCAACAAGAUUCCGCGUCGAGUAACAAAUUCCGCCGGUUUGCCCAGGCAACUAUGGCGUUUGAGAAGGGCCGUACGUUCUCGACGGGCACGUCGGUGCACCGGAAACGGCGGAUGAGCACAUUGGUAGAGAAGGAGGGACAGUAUGGUGCUUCGCUGACUACCCUCUACCUGGGUAUCUCUGCCGUGUUUGCCGAUGACCACACGGCAGUCGUGGCUCUGGCCAUCCACGACACCAUCUACUUGGUAGACUUCUCAGUCAAGUACAUUGUGCUGGACGAUGCGAUGAAGAUGGGCGCCGAUUUGAUUGCAGAUCAUGUCCUCGCCGAGGUUGAGAGAUAUGAGCACGAAAACUUCUCCAAAUUUAUUGGCGCGGGUCUGCCCACCACCCUCAAGUACAUGAGCCCUUCUCUGUGCUCUCGACUGUGGCUGGAGGUUGACAUUGUGCCGGUGGUUUUACGUCCGGAUGAUGAACACAAGGAGAAGUCGUUUUGGGAUGUCAAGAGGGUGGAUGAACAGGCUGAUUCUAUGGCUAGAAAGUGCAUUAUGAACUUUGGCCCAUCUCUUGUUCCUCUGCUCCAAGUUGGAUGGCGAGGAGUCGUCCAGACAGACGCCGGGUUUCGGGCUCAUCUAACCACAGUCCAAAACCACAAAGACACUUGCGGUAACGCGACAUGGGAGGCUAUGUUGAGUUAUGCAAAGAAACUGCGUGGCAACAAGACUAAGAUUGCUUUCUUCAGCUCGACUCCCCAAGGCGGUGGUGUUGCGCUGAUGCGUCACGCAUUGGUGCGUUUCGCGCGGCUCAUGGGUGUUGAUUUAACUUGGUAUGUCCCCAAGCCACGACCGGGGGUGUUCCGGAUUACGAAGAACAUGCACAACAUUCUCCAGGGCGUGAGUCAUCCGGACCAGUGGAUUUCUGCUGAAGAAAAGGAGGCGAUCAUAGACUGGAUCGAAGAGAAUGCGGCACGAUAUUGGUUUUCCGAAGGCGGACCACUACGAGCGCCAGAGGAAGGCGGUGCUGAUGUUGUCAUUAUUGACGACCCCCAAAUGCCCGGCCUCAUCCCUCUCAUCAAAAAGGCAACGCCGGGCCGCCCAGUUCUCUAUCGAUCCCAUAUCCAGACCAGAAGCGACCUCAUUGCCCAGUCCGGCUCUCCCCAGGCUGACAUUUGGGACUUCCUGUGGAGUAACAUUCAGGGGUGCGACAUGUUCAUAAGCCAUCCGGUUCCCAUCUUCGUGCCGCACACCGUCCCCCGCGAGAAGGUCGCAUACCUCCCGGCUACAACGGAUUGGCUCGACGGCCUGAACAAACCCCUUAACGAAUGGGACUCGGGAUAUUAUGGUAACAUUUACAACAUCGCCUGCCAUUCACAGCGCAUGACCGAAGUCAACUGGCCAGCACGCAAAUACAUCGUGCAGGUAGCGCGCUUCGACCCCUCCAAAGGCAUCCCCACCGUAAUCGACUCCUACGCCGAAUUUCGCCGCCGCUGCGACGCAGCCAACAUCAGCAUCACCAACAUCCCGCAACUCGUCGUCUGCGGCAACGGGUCCGUCGACGACCCCGACGCCAGCCUGAUCUACGACCAAACCAUGAACCAGCUCGAGAAGUACUACCCGGACCUGAUCCAGGACGUGAGCCUCAUGCGUCUGGACCCGAAUGAUCAGGUGAUUAAUACCAUGCUGGCGAAUGCGCAUGUGGUGCUGCAGUUGUCAACAAGGGAGGGGUUUGAGGUGAAGGUGUCGGAGGCAUUGCAUGCAGGAAGGCCGGUGAUUGUUACGGCUACGGGGGGGAUACCGUUGCAGGUGAAGGAUGGGGUGAAUGGGUUUUUGGUGCAGCCUGGGGAUUGGAAGGCGGUGGCUGGGCAUUUGAUGGAUUUGUUUACUGAUGAGGAGUUGUGGAAGAAGAUGAGUUAUGCUGCGCGGACGGGGGUGUCGGAUGAGGUGGGGACGGUGGGGAACGCGUUGAGUUGGUUUUAUUUGGCGGCAAAGUGGAAGGAGGUUGGGGUUGAGAAGCAUGGGAAGGGUGGGUUGAAGGGGGAUGGAAGGUGGGUGAAUGAUAUGGCGCGUGAGGAGGCCGGGUUUCCGUAUGCGGAAGGGGAGAACAGGUUGCCGAGAUCCUUUACGCAGGUGAGGGAUGGGUCGGUGCAUCCGGGUGAAGAUGGUGGGCAGGCGGUCGAGAAGGUGGUUGUUUAA